CCUCAAGUCUCCUCCCAAACCAUCUGCUCAUUGUUCUCUUGAGGGAACUAGCCGAUACUUCUUAUACUGUUUCCCGACUUGUAUUCAGAUUAGAACCGGUUGACUUUCUAGCCGAACCUCAAGUUCUCGACCCUCCCCUUCGGUUUCGGCUAUCUCAUACUGAGCCGUGACAUACCCCGUGGGAGAGCGUCCCCGAACCAUACCACGUAGAACAAACGCCAAGCGAAGUUUUGGUGGUACAGCUAGGUAGCGGUGGUAGUCGGUGGUCUUAAUGGGCCCUAGGCAGGAAAAGAGUAGCCUGAAGCGCAACAGGGUAAACCCAAAAAACACCUGCGCCGUGUUGCACAGAACGUCAAAUCUGACUUUGCGAAUCAUAGCAUAGCACUGGGGACGACCAGGAAAUAAAGAAGCCUCGCAGGUCCCAGAGAAUAUCCUCCCAGACACAAAAAGAGAAAGAUGUUACAAAGACACCCAUCAAGAACCAAUACCUCCCUUCCCCUCUUACGAACCAUGAGUCGACCGUGACCGAGCCGGCGAAAGAGCAGACGGCUACACCUCCCGAAGGUCGUCCCAGUCAGAUUCGCCAUGUCACUCCCUUAUCUUCGUCCCAAUUGCAGCCCUUGUCGUCACCGCCCCAAGACACGCAGCCCCUGUCGCAGUUUGUCUAUCCGCCGCGGGACGUUGAGCCCGAUUUAGACGACGAUGACGGUACUUGGGGGUACCUGUUCCCUUUGACCAAUGCCGGCCAUCGUAUCACUUUGAAGAGAAGGGCGUUCUGUCCUGCACCCACGGCGCCUCUGGAAAUAAGCCGGGCAACGGUCAAAUCCGGCACUCGUGGAAAGGACGAUUUGAAAGAAGACGAGGAAGAUUACGAAGCCGACAAGCGAAUGGUGGGAUUCCCGGCCGGCGGGUAUCUUGUCGGGAGGCACCCUGAAUGUGACAUGAUCAUUGACAUUCCGACUGUAUCGAAUCGGCACUUCUUGAUCUUCAACGAGACUCGAAACGGCGACACGAUCGCCGUACUCGAAGACUUGUCGAGCAAUGGAACCUUUGUGAAUGAGGCACUGCUCGGACGCAACAAGAGGCGGGAACUCGAGGAUGGAGACGAGAUCACUAUUCUCGACGAAGCAAGGUUUGUCUUUCGAUAUCCCAGAAACCGGGAUUCGAGUGCUUUCAAUUCGCGGUAUCGUAUUUUACAGCAGCUCGGCAAGGGUCACUUCGCGACGGUCUACAUGUGCGUGGAACGGUCGUCUGGCUUCAAGUAUGCAGUCAAAAAGUUCGAGAGGCGACUGGGCGAGUCGCAAAAGUCCCAACAAGAAGGUUUGCAGCAAGAAAUUGCACUUUUGAUGAGCGUCAGCCAUCCCAACGUGCUAUGCCUGAAGGAGACCUUUGACGAGCCAGACGGAGUGUACCUCAUUCUCGAGCUUGCUGCCGAAGGCGAACUAUUCAAUUUGAUCGUGACCAAGCAGAAAUUGUCAGAGGCCGAGACGCGCAAGAUCUUUAUUCAGCUUUUCCAAGGCACGAAAUACCUGCACGAGCGGAACAUUGUUCACCGUGACAUCAAGCCGGAGAACAUCUUGCUGACAGACAAGAACCUGUCCGUCAAGCUUGCUGACUUUGGUCUCGCGAAGAUUAUCGGCGAGGAAUCGUUCACGACUACUCUGUGCGGAACACCGAGUUACGUGGCUCCAGAAAUCCUGGAAAAUACACGUCAUCGCAAGUACACCAGAGCCGUCGACAUUUGGUCUCUCGGAGUGGUGCUCUAUAUUUGUCUGUGUGGCUUCCCGCCCUUUUCCGACGAACUCUACUCCAGCGACAAUCCUUACACUCUUGCCCAGCAGAUCAAAAUGGGCCGAUUCGACUAUCCUUCACCCUACUGGGACUCGAUCGGCGACCCGGCUUUGGAUCUUAUCGACCGCAUGCUGACCGUGGAUGUUGCCAAGCGCAUCACGGUCGACGAGUGUCUCGAGCACCCCUGGACGAGAAACGCGGGCAACAUCAACCCAGCGGACUCGACCGACGGGCUCACGGGCGCCAUGCACGCGCUGGACUUUUCGAAGCGCAAGAUCCAGCGAGAGCGCACGUUGUUGGCAGACAUCAACGACGUCAAGGUCAGCAAGGUCGUCCCCGUCGACGGUCAACACAUCCCCGGGGCUUCGCAGGGGGACACCGCAAAGGUCAAAGUCUGGCAGAAGAACCCGAACGGCAAGAUUGUCCGGUCGACGCCCAAGAAGAACAACAAAAGGAAUGAACCUGCUGCAAAGGAGGAGGAUCCUGCCGCCAACAGACAGCAAGAGGAAUUCAUGGGCAUGGGCGGUAAAGGUGACAUGCAGUUAUUCGGCGAUGACAUAUCGAGUCGAUACCUUCCUGCCGAGGUUCCCGACGAUAAAAAUUCGACAAAGUGAGACAAUUCAAAGGAUCAUUGAAUUUGGGAAAAUGAGCAAGUAGGAAGGACCGUUGGGCGAUCAAACGAGCAAGCCACCCUAUAUUCCACUCCGUCCGGGCGACUUGGGCCGCGUGAUUUGUCCAAUGGCCCCGGAAGGUGGUGGGUAUACCUUCGGUACCGAGCAUUUGUUUUUUCGUUGUUUGUAUCUUUUGGGGCUGGGCAAACGGAGGGGUGGGUGUGAAGUUUUCUCCAGCCGAAAUCCUUGUAUUAUUUUUUGGUCGUGGUCGCGUCCCAACAAACAUGUUUUCAGUUUCAGGACAUGGAUAUGGAUAUUGAAGGUAUAUAGGCAUGGAAGGGUAUGGAAGUUGAGGGUUGGGAAUAACAGUACGGAGUACGAAGAGAAAAAAAGAGGCACACGUCUACCUUUUGUGUACUUGUCCGAUAGUAGGUACCUCCUCGCUGUAUAUACGCUUUACUCACGCUUACCGAUCCGGAGUACAUGGUUGCAUUGUUCGUCAUUGAUGGAAGGAUCAAGUUGCAAAAUCGACGCUCAAAAGGGGAGAGAAGAAAUAUUCCCUGGAAAUAUGGUACACAGACACAGGAAAAUGAAUAUCGAAUAUUGAACAUGAAUA